UCACAUGAUCAGCUGAUCUCCGCUUCCUCUCUCUGGAUGGCUGCAGGAUUUUCAGGCUCCUCCGGUUCAGCGCUAGCAAACGAGCCGCUUCGUUCGUUUAAACUUUAAUCCGAAAUCCUUUCGAGCCACAUCGGGCUGUAGAUUAAUCCGUGGGCGCGCGUUUAGGUAGCAAAACUGGCGCUUUUAGUCGAGUGGAUGAUGAACGGCCACGCAAUUCUCUACACCGGGGUCACUCUGGCCUUCUGGAGCACCAUCCUCAUCGUCGGAAUCUGUUAUACCAUCUUUGACCUUGGGUUCCGGUUCGACGUGGCAUGGUUUUUAACGGAGACGUCCCCGUAUAUGUGGGCCAACCUUGGAAUCGGCCUGGCCAUCUCGCUGUCUGUUGUUGGAGCGGCUUGGGGAAUUUAUAUAACUGGCUCCAGCAUCAUUGGAGGAGGAGUCAAGGCCCCGAGAAUUAAGACCAAAAACCUCGUCAGUAUAAUCUUUUGUGAAGCUGUUGCCAUUUAUGGGAUCAUCAUGGCAAUUGUCAUAAGUAACAUGGCGGAGACUUUCAGUGGCACAACUCCAGAGACAAUUGGAGCCAGGAACUACCAAGCAGGCUACUCCAUGUUCGGGGCGGGUCUCACUGUUGGCUUUUCCAAUCUCUUCUGUGGCAUCUGCGUUGGCAUCGUGGGCAGUGGGGCGGCUUUGGCUGAUGCCCAGAACGCCAGCCUCUUUGUUAAGAUUCUCAUUGUGGAAAUCUUUGGCAGUGCCAUCGGGCUGUUUGGAGUCAUUGUAGCCAUUUUGCAGACAUCGAAAGUAAAAAUGGGAGAUUAGACGCAGUCUUCAAGACGAACAACAAAGAAGAACGAUGCUGUGUUGGAUACACAGCCUGACUAUGUAAAUACAUAGUAAAUUAUUUAAAUGUGUUUUCUUGCUCUCUUUUGUUUUGUUUUGUUUUUCCCCCUGUGUCUGUUUUUAACCGUCGUUUACCGAAGAGUGAAACAUUCGCACCGCUUUGUCUUAAAGGAAUGCAUGUUUUAGUCAAACACAGAUCUUUUAAGACACGUUACAGAUACAUGAACCUCAGAAGAAGAGAUCUCUUCAACAGGUGUGAUGUUGGCCCUAGAUCAUCUUGAAGAUGUAUAACAGUUGUAUUGAUUCCUGGAGGCUAUUUUAUUUCAACUGUAUGAAUACAUGUGUAAA